AAAUCUCGUACAGUUACUGCUGUGACUGUGAUGUUAGCACCCAAACCGGGGCCCCCCAAAUCCUCACAUGCAGAAAUAUAUACAUAGAAGAAGAGAUGAGACAAUAUUAUGAGAGUACCCAAGUUUCAAUGCAUAAGUAAUAACCCACACACACAUUACUACUACAUAAGAUAAAGUAAACCUCGUAAUUUUCGCCUCCACCUUCUUUCCUUCCUUCAAUGUCCGGCGCCAAGAAAAAGUACAUUCUCAACACAGUCAGUGUGAAGCUGGGCUGCGGCAGCUGCACAAGGCUCUCCGCCGCCGUCUUCCGCCGCCCCAAACCGCCAAAACAUAGGCGGCCGCCGCCGCAGCGCCGGCAGAACCCAGCUGCCCACUACUCCUCCUCCAGCUCAUGCGACACCGCCUUCUCCGCCGCCGUGGACACGCCGCCGGUGUGCUACUCCUCCGACAGCACUGCUGCCACGGAGGCGGACGUGAGGAGCUCGAGGGCUGUUCAGGGGUUCGGGAGAAUCGGCGGCGAGAGCGUGGCGGUGGAGAAGGAUUCCGACGACCCGUAUCUGGAUUUCCGCCGGUCGAUGCUGCAGAUGAUUAUGGAGAAGGAGCUGUACUCGAAAGAUGACCUGAAAGAGCUUCUGAACUGUUUCUUGCAGCUGAACUCGCCGUACUACCAUGGCACUAUUAUUAGAGCUUUUACAGAGAUCUGGAAUGGAGUUGAGUACUCGCACGGUUUUUGAUGCAUGUGCUGCUUCAGCUUUUUUAUUUUAUUUAAUUACAACUAUAACCUAGAUCAAGAAGAAGAAGAAG